UUGUUAACCGAAGGUGUGAAGACCAAAAUGGGCCUUAUUUCGCUAUCGGACCCAAUCCAAAACAUAUUGGGCUGAAGAAUUUGUCCACAAAUUGAUCUUCUGCAAAUUAGGGUUUCCACUUUUCAUUUUGUUCUCGCAUUCCACAAAGCACAGUGAAGAAGAACGAGGGAGUCAACGCGAGAAUGAGAAAGAGGAAGAACUAUUCCGGCAAUGUGAAAUCCGAUAAAAGUCAUUACAACCCUGCUCUCAUAAAGAAGCAAAAAGAAUUCUAUAAGAAUGCGAAGAAUAUAAAGAAGUUUAAGAAGAUGUUAAAGCAGCAAACGGAGCAAACCGAUCCUUCCUCGGCACAGAAACUGAUGAUCGAGAACGAUGGAGCUGUGAUGAAAGAGAAUAAGGGCGAGAGUGAGAAGAGGAGGAAUGGUUUGGAAGAAUUGUACAGAAAGAAGCAUGAAGAGAAAGAGAGAGAAAGAAUGGAAAGAGAGGCAGCUUUGAUGGCUAAGAAGGAAGAGAGAGAAGAGGCCCAAGCCAGAAGAAAAGCUCUGCGUGACAAAAUGCUUAAGAAAACCAGAAAAGGGCAACCUCUUAUGAAAUACAGAAUUCAGCAUCUUUUGGAUACUAUUCAAGUCUCAACUCAAAUCAAACCAUCCAAAUCUCCUUGAUUCAAAUUAUAUAACAAUACCGAUAGUUGUUGAUUGUGCAAAUUUAAAAUCUUUGUAUUCAAGUUGUUUUCAGUACUUUGCUGACCAUUGUAAACAUUGUUCUGUUCAAAGUUAAUUAUCUUUGUUGAUGACAUAGAAUAUUAUGAGUUAUUAAAAGUUGAUUAAGACAAAUUUGAUUGGUAAUUCGAUCUAUUUAACAACCAACUUAGAGUCUUAAACAAUUAUUAUGUCUUAUAAUAUGAACAAAGAUCUUAGCUCACAAACAAGGCAGGAGAAAAUUUCUAAACUGAAAAUUUUAUUUGAUAUAGAAGAAAGUAUAUGGUUUUACACAAAGACUUACAAAAAUAGUAAUGAACACUUGAUCAAAUACCCGGCUCAUACAAACUCUUGAGAUAACAGAAAAAACUCUGG